CAAGAUGGCUAUGAAACUGACAGUGCAAUAUUGUAUGAUGUAUUGUAAAAAAAAAACUGUAAUGUUAUGGGGUCAACGUGUUCCUGUGAACGAUCUUGUGACACCUGGUCAAGCAUGAAAUCUAAAUUGCGAUAUUCAGCGGAAUUGCGCAGGAAAAGAAGAUACUGCCCUUGUACAAAUAGAAGACCUAGAUGUUUGAAAAUUCGCCGUCGAAUCAGAAAUAUGGAAGAAACAUGUUCCUGUAACCACGAAUGCUGUUCACGAUCCCCAUCACCAGAGGGGCCUGAUGGCAAUCCCCUGCAGCGAUCUCAACCAGUGCAGAACAUCUGCCGGUUUACCGUUGACGCUUAUUUUGCAUGAACUAAAGAAAAUUCAAAUUAAAUGUCUCUUGAUUAAAAAUAAUUUAUUAUUAUUAUUUUUUUUUUUUACUAAAUUUUCAUAACAUUAUUGCUAUUUUUUAAUAAAAUUGAGAUCUUUUUAAAUAUCUUACUUGUUGACAAUAUAGCUUAC